AUGACGGAGUAUGAGAAUGGGAAGAAGAGGAAAAUUCGGAACAGACAGCAACUAAAAGCACAGUUCUUGUCUCUAAGGUAUCUACUCAUAUGCCUCUGUUGUUUCUUCGUCUUGCUCUUCUUCUUAUCCUCCGACCGAAUCUCCACACUCUCAGUCCGUUCCGAUUCUCUGAGACCGUCUCUUCGUGUUCCGGCUCUCUCCGUCUUGUCUUCGAUGGAUUCGAUUCAGCGUUCAUUUCACGGUAGAUUCCCUCCGUUGAGAGUCGAAGACAGAGUCCAAUUCCCCGACCAUCUCCUGCUGAUUCUCUCGAACAGAAUCGGCAAAGGUGAGAAAAACCUGGUUUGUGUUUACCAUGGAGUAAAUGAAGAGACUUUGGCGCUGCCAUCGGUUUCUACUGACGAAUUCGAUGAGUUUAGAUCGAUUGUUCGUUGCCCUAACGCUCCUUCGAACUAUUCGUCAUCUGUUGAUUUGCAAUUCCAUGGAGAUUUGGUGAAGAAGAAGAAGAAGCAGAAGCAGAGCCUUCGUGAUGACAAGGCUCAUAACUGGGAAAAAGUUGGUUACGAGGCGGUGAUUGACGGCGACACGGUGGUUGUGUUUGUCAAAGGAUUGACUCGAAGACCUCACAAGGAAUCAGAUCCUUCGUACUACAAAUGCCAAUUCAAGAUUGGGAAUUCGGAGGAUAAAGAUGUCGAGGUUUUGGUCACUCAAGCUAUUGCCGCAGCGCAAGAAGUUGUGAGGUGUGUUUUGCCGGAGAGUUUGAAGCUAAAUCCAGAGACGUUUCAUGUGAGCGUAAUCCACAUCGAUCCUAGAGGAAGAUCCACGCCUGCUUCGCCAUCCGUUGCGAGAAUCUACGGCUCCGAUUCGAUUGAGAAGAAGAAGACGAAGAAGAGUGGGAUUAAGCAUGAGCUUUGUGUUUGCACAAUGCUAUGGAACCAAGCUCCGUUCUUGCGUGAGUGGAUUAUGUACCACUCGUGGCUCGGCGUCGAACGGUGGUUUAUAUACGACAACAACAGCGACGACGAUAUACAAGGAGAGAUAAAACUGCUCAAUUCAGAGAAUUACAAUGUGAGCCGACAUGUUUGGCCAUGGAUCAAGACUCAAGAAGCAGGUUUCUCUCAUUGUGCGGUUAGAGCGAAAGACGAGUGCAACUGGGUCGGAUUCUUCGACGUGGACGAGUUCUACUACUUCCCUACGCAUCGCUCUCAAGGCUUACCGAGCAAGAACGCGUUAAGGUCGCUUGUAUCGAACUACACGUCGUGGGAUCUUGUUGGUGAGAUCAGAACGGAAUGUCACAGCUACGGUCCGUCCGGUCUAACCUCGGUUCCAUCACAAGGCGUGACCGUAGGGUACACUUGCAGACAAGCGAAUCCCGAGAGGCACAAGUCGAUAAUCCGACCCGAGUCGCUAACGAGCUCGUUGCUUAACGAGGUUCAUCAUUUUCAUCUGAGGGAAGGGAUCGGGCAUAUGAGUUUGGUGGAGAGUGUUGCCGUUGUGAACCAUUACAAGUACCAAGUUUGGGAGACUUUCAAAGCUAAGUUUCAGAGGAGAGUGGCUACUUAUGUUGUGGACUGGCAAGAGAACCAGAACCAAGGGUCUAAAGAUCGAGCUCCAGGGCUCGGGACUGAGGCGAUCGAGCCGCCGGAUUGGAGACGGCGGUUCUGUGAAGUGUGGGAUACUGGUUUGAAAGAUUUGGUUGUGUCGAAUUUUGCUGACCAAGUGAGUGGUUACUUGCCGUGGCAGAGGCAACAACAAGAAUGA